AUGAGUUUGGCAACGAAACACACCUUCGCGACAUACAAGAAGAACAACACCAUCGAAAAUGGCGACCUCGUUGUGCUCUUCUUGAGCAAGGAGAACCUAAUCCUGAUCCGCAUCCAGGAAGACCAGGAAUUUUGUUGCAAAUUCGGAAACUAUAAACACGCUGACAUGAUUGGUCUCCAAUACGGGACAAAACUCGGUUCCAACACAGGUCGUGGAUUUCUCUUCCUCCUCUACCCUACCCCGGAACUCUGGACCCUCAUCCUCCCUCAUCGGACACAAAUCUUGUACAUUGCUGAUAUUUCGUUGAUCAUGUCGUACUUGGAUUUGAAACCAGGCAAGGUCAUGAUUGAAUCCGGGACGGGAUCGGGGUCGUUUUCGCAUUCGAUUGCGAGGACGAUUGCGCCGACGGGGCAUUUGUAUACGUUCGAGUAUCAUCAGGAGCGGGUUGCGGUGGCGACGAAGGAGUUUGAAGAUCAUGGGUUGGAGGGGCUGGUGACGAUUGAGUGUCGAGAUGUUUGCAAGAAUGGCUUUGGAUUGGUCAACAAAGCCGACGCAGUGUUCUUGGACUUGCCAGCACCAUGGGAAGCUGUCGCGUCCGCAAAACAAGCCUUCCGCCAGGACAAAGUCGGUAAGAUCUGUACCUUCAGCCCCUGUAUCGAGCAGAUCUCCAAAACCGUAACCGCCUUGACCGAACAAGGGUUUGUCGAUAUCCAGAUGUACGAGUGUCUGAUCCGAUUCAACGAGGUCCGGAUCCUGCAAAUUUCGACGCUUGAUGAGGCGCUGGAGAUGGAACGCGCAUCGGAAAAGAAGCGGAAGAGAGCGAUGCCAAGGGUUCUGAGAGAGUCAUUCAAGAAUCGUCUUCAGCAGGAGCAGGAGCAAGACAGUGGCAACAAUACCGAUCAGGAUCAGGAGGAUACGGAAGGAGAGUCAACGGUGAAAAAGACUCGCGUGAAUGAUGGCGAUCUCUCGCAGCAAGGAUCCAGCACGCCAUCGACUGUGGGGACACCUAAUUCUCGAUCGCACGCAGACGUGUUCAUUCCCGACGACUCUGUCGAACCCAGGGAAUACAUCGAGCCCAGGAAUGCAACCGUCACCCGUUUGCCCGUCGAACAGCGCGGACACACCUCCUACUUGCUCUUUGCUACCUUCACACCUGCCACUCAACAGCCCAGCUUAGCUGAACUCAACAAGGCUGCUGCUGCUUCUUCUUCGAAAUAA